CGUAAUUUCUUAAAGGCAAAUUCCGAAUUCAAUCAAAUUAGGGUAAAUCAGAAAGAUGUUGAGGCACGUCGGAAAUCGAAUUCCGGGGUUAGGGCAACGAACGUCGGCGGCGGCGGUGGCGCAAGGGGUUUUCCGGCGGCUAUAUCAUGAAAGAGUGGUGGACCAUUACAAUAAUCCUCGUAAUGUUGGGUCCUUUGAUAAGAACGAUCCCACAGUCGGUACGGGUCUCGUCGGAGCUCCGGCUUGUGGUGAUGUAAUGAAGCUUCAAAUCAAAGUCGAUGAAAAGACCGGGAAAAUUACGGAUGCUUGUUUCAAGACCUUUGGUUGUGGCUCUGCUAUUGCUUCUUCCUCACUCGCAACGGAAUGGGUGAAAGGGAGAACAAUGGAGGAAGCAUUGUCCAUAAAGAACACGGAGAUAGCAAAACAUCUGUUCCUUCCACCUCAAAAAAUUCACUGCAGUAUGCUAGCUGAGGAUGCAAUUAGGGCUGCUAAGAAGGAUUACGAGACGAAGAAGGCAAAAUUUAAUGAGAAUGCCGAAAAUGCAUCAACAGAAAAAGCUGUUUGAUAUACUAGUUGAGAAAUAAAUCAUAUUCAUGCAACUACUAUUUUUCUUUAUUAUGACUGUACCAAGGGUUUUAUAAACUUCGUU